CCUAUCAAUGCCAGUCAGUGCCACCUAUCAGUGCCGCCUAUCAGUUGCCCAUCAGUGAUGCCUGUCUAUGCCCAUCAGUGCCACCUACUAGUGCCCAUCAGUGUCACCCAUCAGUGCAGCCUAUCAGUGCUCAUCACUGCAGCCUCAUUAGCGCACAUCAGUGAAGGAGAGAAAAAUCACUUAUUUACAAAAGUUUAUAAC